AUCCGUGAGGUUAUAGGGAAGGGUAGCUAUGGAGUUGUAUUUGAAGCAAUUGACACACACACGGGGAAAAAGGUUGCAAUAAAGAAGAUUCAUGAUGCCUUUGAGCAUAUUUCUGAUGCCAUUAGAAUCCUUCGUGAAGUCAAGUUGCUAAGGCUAUUAAGACACCCUGAUAUUGUUGAGAUUAAGAGGAUCAUGUUACCACCUUCAAAAGGGGAGUUUAAAGAUAUUUAUGUGGUCUUUGAGCUCAUGGAAUCUGAUCUCCACCAAGUGAUCAAAGCUAAUGAUGACUUGACCCAUGAACAUCAUCAGUUUUUUCUUUAUCAGAUGCUGCGAGCGUUGAAGUAUAUGCAUACAGCUAAUGUGUAUCACAGAGAUCUUAAGCCCAGAAACAUAUUGGCAAACGCAAAUUGCAAACUCAAAGUUUGUGAUCUUGGAUUGGCAAGAGUUUCAUUCAAUGAUACCCCAACAACAUUAUUUUGGACAGACUAUGUGGCUACAAGAUGGUACAGAGCCCCAGAAUUGUGUGGAUCAUUUUUUUCUAAGUAUACACCGGCAAUUGAUAUAUGGAGCAUUGGAUGCAUUUUUGCUGAGUUGCUGCUAGGAAAGCCAUUGUUUCCUGGCAAAACUGUUGUGCAUCAAUUAGAUUUGAUUACUAAUCUUCUUGGGACACCAUCAAUUGAAACUAUUACAGGAGUUCAAAAUAAUAAUGCAAGGAAGUACUUGAUGAAAAUGCAAAAGAAAAAACCUAUGCCAUUUGAACAUAAAUUUCCAAAUGCUGAUCCAUUGGCACUUUGUCUUUUGCAAAGGCUUCUAGCAUUCAAUCCAAAUGAUAGGCCAACAGCAGAAGAGGCAUUGGCUGAUCCUUACUUUAAGGGCUUGGCAAAAGUUGAGAGAGAACCUUCAUGUAAACCAAUUUCAAAAUUAGAAUUUGAAUUCGAGAGGAGACGAAUGCAAAAGGAGGAUGUUAAAGAAUUAGUAUAUCGAGAAAUAUUGGAAUAUCAUCCUCAAUUGCUUAAAGAUUAUAUAAAUGGAACUGGAGGCACAAACUUUCGAUAUCCCAGUGAAAUAGAUCAAUUCAGAAAGCAAUCUUCUUAUUUUGAGGAAAAUCAUGGUAAAAGUGGACCAAUGAUUCCUCCAGAAAGGAAGCAUGUCUCUCUUCCAAGGUCUACUAUUCAUUCUAAUACGAUUCCUCCUAGCACCCAGUCGACCUUUGUUUUGCAUGAGAAUAGUUUGAGAGAAGAAAGAUCAAAUAUUGGAACUCAAUUAAGUGUUUUACAACCUCCACCACAGAUGCUAGCAGCUAAACCAGGGAGAGUUGUAGGGCCAAUUUUUCACUAUGAAGAUGAUCAGAGAAACAUAAAAAAUACAAAUGAUCCAAGGAUUAUUUACCAAAGUAAUUCUCAAGCAAUCUCUUCACAAUAUUUCUUUAGGGAUCAUACCCCAAACCCAAAGACUACAUUAGAUAUACUCGAGGAUUUUUCAUACGUCAAGAACCGACUCCCAUGCCAAAAAUCCAACAGAUCAACUAAUGAUUUCAACACGAACCUAUACUAUCGGCAAGGUGAGAACAAUCAUUUACAUAAGCGUGUAACAUCUUUUGAUGCUAAACUACUGCAGGCACAAUCAUAACUUGAUGUUGUUAGUGCUACAACAAUAGUUGUUGCCA